AUGGCCUCGAUGGAAGUUGAAGCGGUGCAGGUUUACAGAGAGCUGGUGGAUGGUCUUUUGGACCGCGCGGCGCAAAUCAAGACUGACAAACAGAUCGAACCCCCGUUGACCGAGGCGCUUCUAGGCGAACCUAUCUGGCAAAUUUCCUCUGAGCAUAAUGGUGUCAAGCUAUUGAAUCAACAGACUCAGUAUGCUGCGGUGGAGAUUGCUUUUCGCGAGAAGUUCUAUCACAUCCUGGCUUCAACCUCUAUCAAUGACCCCUCUUUCAUCCAUAUUUGGAAUCUUCUUGACCUUGUGUCUAUUUUCUCCGACAACGAACAGUGCGAACCCGGCCUAAUUUUCUGGCUCAUCGAGGAACUUCUGGAUAGUCAAACGAUUGAUGGUUGUCGCAAAGUAUUUGAUUAUCUAGAGUCGCGUCGCGAGCGAAAUAUCAAGAAACACUUCAAGCAGAAGAGCUUAAUUAUUCUCCGAUCAUGCAAUGAACUUCUUCGUCGACUGUCCCGAGCAGAAGACACAGUCUUCUGUGGACGGGUGUUCAUCUUCCUUUUCCAAAGUUUCCCACUCGGGGAUAAAAGUUCGGUCAACCUUCGCGGCGAAUUCCAUACAGAGAAUGUCACCACCUUUGACGAGAUUACAAAAUCGACUGCUGAGAAUGACGAAGAAGAUACCACCAUGACUGAAGGGAACGAUGGCUCUGUGACAACUGAGGGACAGCCGGAUCAAGGCAACAAGGAUGGUGGAGUCACACCGGACACAGAUCGGGUGCCCAAGGUCGUUGUCUCUAAGGGUCGAAAGGAGAAGGCAAAGGAAAAAGUGGAUCUCGAUACUCUCUAUCCAAUUUUCUGGAGUCUACAGUCCUAUUUCUCGGCUCCGAGCAAGAUGUUUGAUGCGGAGCGUUUUGCAUCUUUCAAGACUGGCCUUGAAGCUACUCUGCAUGCAUUCCAGAACAUCAACACCGACCUUGAAAAUCAAGGCCCCGCACGAUCUUCAGAAGAGGCCUCAAAAUCCCACAAGCGAAAACGUGGCGAUGAGGCCGAGGUCGGCACCAGCUUCAAUCCCAAAUACCUGACUAGUCGAGAUCUGUUUGAUCUCGAAGUUGGUGACACCGCCUUCCGCAGACACGUUCUUGUUCAAGCUCUCAUUCUCCUUGACUUCAUGUUAUCACUCACUUCCACGUCGAAAGGACGCUUGGCAGACACGACAAACAAAUCAGUGCUAUAUGGAUUCGUGUUGAACGAAGAAGACACAAAAUGGGUGGCCAAUAUGCGAAAGAGCAUUGAAGGUUACUUGCAACAAGGCUCGGGUGGAAAGUUCUACUACCGUAUGGUAGACACCGUUUUAUCUAGGGACAAGAACUGGGUGCGAUGGAAGGCCGAAGGCUGUCCGCCUAUUGAGCGACCAGCCAUCUCAGUGCCUGACUACAUGAAGGCGCGAGAUGAGGCCCGAAAGACAUAUUUCAACAAGCGCCUCCGUCCAUCACCCAUGGGAUCUCUAGAUUUCAAGUUCCUCUCGGAUACCGAGGCAUUGGCCAACAUUGAACGCCUCAAGGAAUCGGAUCGGUUUACCGUCCCCGCUCCCGAUUCGUUCAUGAUGGCUAUCAUGGAUGAUGAGAUGGACAUUGACAUGGCUCAAAACCAAGACGACAAGAAUGCUGCUAUCCAAGCCAAGGCCAGCAAGACCUGGCGCAUUCUCCGACUGGCAGCAAAGACGAAACUGUCUGCAUUUGACAAAAUCGACGAUGGUAACAACCUCAACGCUCUGUUUGAGACCCCCGCCGCACCAGCAGACACUCCCCAGGCGGCGGAAGGAGCCGAAGGUGAUGGCCAUGAAGAAAUCAAGGACGAGGAUAUCAAAGAGGGCGCGCAGGCGCAGCCCCCUGUUGAGACCAUGAGCACCACCGACGACCAGCAAGAAUCGAAUGCCACUAGUAAAGAUAAUGCAGCCAUCGAAGGCCCCGACGCCUCUAGCGCGGCCUCCGGUGACAAGCCCAUGGAAGAAUCGACUACCUGA